AUGGCGGUGGAAUUGGGCAACGACUCCACUUGCAACAGCUCCUCAGAGUACAAGCACACCACCUACGCCGUGGUCUACAGCCUGGUCUUCAUCUUCGGCCUGCUCGGCAACGGCAGUGCCCUCUACGUGUUCUGCAAGCUGUCCAUCAAGAACCGGCUGUCCACCAUCAUCCUCAUCAAUCUGGCCGUGUCCGACCUGAUCUUCAUCCUCGCCCUGCCACUGCGCAUUGGCUACUACAUGCGGGAGUUGUGGUCCCAGUCGGGCGGCGGAGGUAGCGGCAGCGGAGGUUCGACGGGCUUGCGUCCGCACACCGAGCGUGAGGUGGACGUACUGGACCUGGCGUGCCGGGUGUCCACCUACCUGUUCUACAUCAGCAUGUACUGCAGCAUCUACUUCCUGAUGGCGCUGAGCGUGUGUCGCUACCUGGUGCUGUCCGGCCGCCUGCGUCACCAGAACCGGGUCUACUGCCGGCGCGUGCGCCUCCUGUGCGCGGGCAUUUGGACCUUCGUCGUGACCAUCAACGUGGCAUACGUGGCGGCCAUGGAUGGCUUCCGGGUCAAGGCGAGCGGCUGCUUCGAGCCCAGCGGGGCGGACACCUGGAACUUCCUGUACCGGGUCAACACGCUGGCCGUGGUGGUGGGGUUAUCGCUGCCGCUGGUGCUAGUGCUGGCCUGCUACGCCCUGAUGAUCCGCCACGUCCUGGCGGCGCGGGCUGGGCGGAGGAUGCGCGACGUGGUGCUGAUCUGCCUGGUGCUGACGGUCUUCUGCCUGUGCUUCCUGCCCUAUCACGUCCAGCGCACGCUGCACCUGGCCUACUCGCGGGAGCCCGCGCCGUGCGAGAGCCGGGUCCAGCUGGAGCGCAGCGUGGUGGCCACCCUCUGCCUGGCCGUGGCCAACAGCGUCCUGGACCCGCUUAUCUUCCUGUUCGUGGGCAACGGCUUCCUGCAGGCGGUGCGCAAGACGCUGGCGGCGGCGGUCACUGGCGGUCACUGGCCCUGGGGGAAGGGCAACGGCUUCAGCUCGUCCAGCAGGGGCACCACAUCCUCCCCCACGCCUCCCUCCCCCCACGCCCAGCAGCUUCUGGUCUUUGUCCAGCCCCCGAGCCCAAAGCAGGACAGAGGGGACGAUGGCGACAGCACUGCCCUGUAG